UAUCUGUGUUUUUAUAGUAUUACUAAAUAUACAAAUCAGUUUUAGCCUUGAACCAGAAUCCCAUGACUAUGCCUUAGCCCAAGUACACAUGUUGCCUUUGUUGCAAUUAAAAGAAAAGGCUGUUGGGAAUCUGAAAAAUUAUGCCAUAUCCUUAAAAAACCGAUUAAUGUAUAUCAAAUUAGCCAUCGAUCAAGUGAAAUGUCUAAAAAAGUCCACAAACUCUACAAGCAUCUUUGACAAAUUUAAACUAACUCGACUUUUGCAUUUUGAUUUAAAAAAGUGGGUAGAAAUCUUAAAAGAAAACCCUGCCAUUAAGGAAAUAGCUAUAUCCCAGAGUUUACGACCAAAAAUGGCUUCAAAAAUUGAUUAUUACGAAGGUCUGUAUGCCAUAAAUCGCUUGCAGUCAACUUAUAGAUUGGAACAUACCGAAAUGGCCAAUGGUUUGCUGGGAGAACGACAAUACAGAACCAAGCCCUGGAGUUCACUAGAAUGCCUGAUGGUGGGCUAUGUUUUCUAUCUGGAUGAAAAGUUCCAAGGUGCAGAACGCUGGUUUCAGUUGGCCCUCGAAAGGUACUUCAAAAACCCGAAACUAUUUGAAAUAUUUGGCUGGAAUCGUGAUUUGAUUUUAAAGCUACUCAUGAAGGCAUCCCAGAGUUCCGGUCGUUAUAAAGCAGCUUUGGGAUAUGCCGAAAGAGCUAAAUCUAACUGCUAUUGGCAGGAACAAAUUACGAGACUCAAGAACUUGAGUAUGCAACCGGAGGUUCUUAAACCUGCAGAGCCAAAGAACAAAUAUAAAUAUAAACCGGCUUGCCGCAUGCAAUAUCCCGAUAAACACAAUCUGCAUUGUCGUUACCUAAAGUCAUCACCAUUCUUAAAACUUGCUCCCAUACAAGUAGAGGAAUUGAAUCUCGAACCACCCAUAAAUAUGUACCACAAUCUCAUAAAUGAGAAAGAAAUCUCAGUGCUCAAGAAUCUAUCAAGUGCACACCUAAAGCGCAGUCAGUUUGUUACAGAAGAUAAUACGCUGGUAAAGGAUUUCUCCAAUCUACGCACUUGCAAAACAAUGCGCCUCCAGGAAAAUGUUAAUGAAAAACUUUUAAAGAAUUUAAAUCAACGCAUUACGGAUGCCACAGGCUUGAGUGUAUUGGAGUCUGAGGAGUUGCAGCUUACCAACUAUGGCAUUGGGGGACAUCUCUACGAGCACCAGGAUGCCUCCUUUAACCUUUCAAGUGAAUUUUGGAAUUCGGGAAAUCGGGUUAUCACGGCGCUGUUUUACCUAAGCGAUGUGGCUCAGGGCGGUGAAACACUGUUUCCCCACUUAGACCUACGAGUUCAUACUCAAAAAGGGUCCUUGUUGGUUUGGGACAAUCUUUUAUUGAAUGGAUCUAUUGACUGGCGAGUAGAGCAUAUAUCCUGCCCGAUUUUGAUGGGUGAUAAGUGGCUGGCCACUAAAUGGUUACGAGAAAAGCCACAAAUGUUUAUACGACGUUGUCCUUUGAAGCUUAAGCCAGUGCCCGAAUUUCAUAAGGAAGCUUUUGAGCAAAAGUUCUUUGGCGAAAAUGAUCAACCACAACAGUUUUCUUUAUGAGAUCAAGAUGGAAUGGGUUUUAUGUUUAAAAUAACAUUUUUUAAUAUAUAUUUUUCGAGAUGUCUCCUUAAUUUACUACAGAAACACCUGCUUAAAGCAUGAAAUCAUAAGCGUUAAAUAAAUAAUUUAAACUACGAA